AUGGUCAACGAUAUAACACCAACGCGUCUUGAGGGUAAAAAUACUGCGAUUGUGUUUUGCUGGCUUCUUGGGAAUGGGUGUCUUUUCUCAUGGAACAGCAUGCUCACAAUAGAAGAUUAUUAUGUCUACCUGUUCCCGAAUUACCACCCCUCUCGGGUGCUUACUCUUAUAUAUCAACCAUUUGCAAUUACAACACUCGCAAUACUGACAUACUACGAGGCAAGAAUGAAUACUAGGAAACGGAACCUAUUUGGAUAUACUCUAUUUUUCAUAAGCUGUCUGGCAGUGUUAAUCUUGGAUUUAGCAACGUCUGGUAAAGGAGGCCUCGGAACUUUCAUUGGCAUAUGCGUAAUUAGUGGAGCAUUUGGAGUUGCAGAUGCCCAUGUACAAGGCGGAAUGGUCGGAGACCUUUCUUACAUGCACCCCACUUUUAUGCAGUCUUUCUUUGGUGGUUUAGCAGCAUCAGGUUUCCUAACAUCUGCUCUGAGGCUGAUCACUAAGGCAGCUUUUGAGAAGUCGAAAGAUGGUCUCAGAAAAGGAGCCAUUUUAUUCUUUGCGAUAUCAGCAUUAUUCGAGUUUCUUUGCGUUUUCGUCUAUGCGUUUGUCUUUCCUAAGCUACCAAUUGUGAAGUACUACCGUUCAAAGGCAGCAUCAGAAGGUUCCAAGACUGUCACAGCUGAUCUUGCAGCCGGAGGAAUCCAGGCAUUACCGGAAAAGCAAGUCGACGAAUUUGGAAACCUUAUGGAGAGGAAAGGAAACAAACAACUACUGAUGGAAAACAUUGAUUAUGCGGUUGACAUAUUCCUCAUUUAUGUGUUAACACUCUCUAUCUUUCCUGGAUUCUUAUCAGAAGAUACUGGAUGGCAUGGUUUGGGAACCUGGUAUGCCCUGGUUCUGAUUGCGAUGUAUAACGCGUGGGAUCUGAUAGGAAGAUACAUUCCACUGGUAAAAGUGCUCAAGUUGGAGUCGAGGAAGAUGCUGAUGAUGGCAAGUGUAGGCCGUUUCUUAAUGGUGCCAGCAUUUUAUUUUACUGCAAAAUAUGGAGAUCAGGGCUGGAUGAUAAUGCUAACGUCUGUGUUGGGGCUAACCAAUGGUUAUCUCACUGUGUGUGUCAUGACUUCGGCACCACAGGGCUACAAGGGGCCAGAACAAAAUGCGUUAGGGAACUUGUUGGUAUUGUGUCUCAUAGCAGGAAUAUUUUCAGGGGUUGUGCUUGACUGGUUGUGGUUGAUAGGCAAAGGCUGGUGA